AUGAAGAGGCUCGUCACGGAGAGCUGGAAAGAGUCGAAGCUGCUAUGGCGCGUCGCCUUCCCGGCGGUCCUCACCGAGGUGUUCCAGUUCUCCAUUGGCUUCGUCACGGCUAGCUUCGUCGGGCACAUCGGCGUCGUGGAGCUCGCCGCGGUCACCGUCGUCGAGAGCAUCCUGGAGGGCUUCGCCUACGGAGUCCUGUUCGGCAUGGGAUGCGCCCUGGACACGCUGUGCGGCCAGGCCGUGGGCGCCGGGAAGCUGGACGCGCUGGGCGUCUACGUCCAGCAGUCGUGGAUCAUCUGCGGCGCUACCGCAGUGGCGCUCACUCCGGCUUACGCCUUCGCCACGCCCAUCCUCGGGUCCCUCCUCCGCCAGCCCACCGCCGUCGCGGUCGCCGCCGGGCCGUACGCGCGGUGGGCGAUCCCGCGGCUGCUCGCCCACGCCGCCAACUUCCCGCUCCAGAAGUUCUUCCAGACCCAGAGCAAGGUCUGGGCCCUGACCGCCAUCUCCGGCGUCGCCCUGGCCGUCCACAUCGCCCUCACCUACGUCGCCGUCAACAGGCUCGGGUAUGGCCUCCGCGGGGCAGCCGUUGCGGGGAACAUCUCCUACUGGCUCAUCGACGCAGCGCAGUUGGUCUACCUGGUCAGCGGCCGGUUCCCUGACGCAUGGAAAGGGUUCUCCCUUCUUGCGUUCAGGAACCUCGGUGCCUUCGUCAAGCUCUCGCUCGUGUCAGCUGUCAUGAUCUGCUUGGAGUUUUGGUACUACGCUGCACUGCUCAUUCUUGUGGGUCUCCUUAAGAAUGGCCAGCUACAGCUUGAUAUCAUGUCAGUCUGCGUCAACUACCAGUUCUGGACGAUGAUGGUUGCGCUGGGCCUCAGUGAAGCAGUCAGCGUUAGGGUGUCGAACGGGCUUGGGGCGAGCAGACCGAAGGAGGCCAAAUUCUCGGUGGCCGUGGCGGCUACAACAUCCGCAUUCAUCGGGGCCAUCUUCAUGGCCGUCUUCUUCAUUUGGAGGAGAAGCUUACCUAGGCUUUUCAGCGGCAACGAGGAGGUGAUCGAGGGAGCGUCUAGACUGGGGUAUCUGCUCGCUGUGACCGUCUUCUUCGGCAGUAUCGGGCCAGUGCUCUCAGGUGUGGCUGUCGGAGCGGGAUGGCAAGUUCCUGUAGCAUUCGCAAACAUCGGUUGCUACUACUUGGUGGGCAUUCCCGUUGGGGUUCUGUUUGGAUUCAAAUUAAAGCUUGGUGCUUUGGGGAUAUGGAUGGGCAUGCUAACAGGAACGUUACUCCAGAUGGCGAUACUUCUUUUCAUUAUUAAGGGAACAGAGUGGGAGAAACAGGCCUUAUUGGCAGCAGAGAGGAUCAAGGUGGCUGGGGGAAAGAAUGAGGGCCAGACAUUGAUGCCAGCGACAUGUACAGAAGAUGAUCAGAUAGAUACUUCAACUCUUGAAGUUCAUAUGCAAACAUGCGAGAAGAAUACAGAGUUAGUGUAGAAAGACAAGUAUACAAAUUCGUCUAUAAUUGUGUAAAUUUUGUGCAUUUUCCCUCGGCCGUUGGAAAGCUCGAUUUUUCAUGGCUGUAUGAAGUUGGCAAGAUCAAAGCCUUUACCGACAUGGUAUUAUUUCUCCA